UAUGGAAUCCCAGUGUGUUGAAGGCAAGGACUAUCUGCUAUGCUACAGCACAGGGCCCAUUAUUUGCAUUUCUAACAAAUUGUCAGAUGGUGCUCAGGCUGCUGAUCUGUGCACUAUACUCUGGGAACCUUUGCAGUAGAAUAACAGUGCCAUAUAUGUGCACUUCAAUGUCUUUCUGGGUUCUAGCUGCUUCUCACACCCUCUCUCCACACCUCUCUUUCUUUUGCAGGGAGAGAUGCUAAGGUCAGCUUAUUUCCUGCUGCUGCUGCUGCUGCUGUUCCCAGAAGGUCCACGGACAGGCCUUUCCCAUAACCUCUACAAAGACAAGCCCAUCUUCAGCUGCCUCAACACAGCGCUCUCUGCAAGCAAGAAGAGCCAGCUAGGAGAGGUGCCCCCGUUGAGCAAGAGGAGCUUCUUCUACCUGUCCAGCCAGGAUCCAUCCUCAGAAGAAGAGGAGGAGGAGGGAAAAGAAAAACAAGAUAAAGUGAAAAGGACUUUCCCUGGCUCUGGGGGCAGUGGAUCUGGAAAUAUCCGAUACAAAUACCUGUCCCAAGCACAGCUCAGGGGCAAAGUGUACCAAGACAAGGGCAAGGGCGACCGGCACAGCAAGCUCACUCUGUCCCUCGACGUUCCCACCAACAUCAUGAACAUCCUCUUCAACAUUGCCAAGGCCAAGAACCUGCAGGCCAAGGCAGCUGCCAAUGCCCACCUAAUGGCACAGAUUGGGCGGAAAAAGUAGAAACAAUGGCCAGGCAGGUAACAACACAUCAAGGACAGAGGUUAAGGGU